AUGAGGAUGGCAAGUGUGCGCUGCAAGCUGGCCUGUUACUUGGAGGACCUAGAGGACAUAGACUUUAAAAAAUUCAAAAUGCACCUGGAAGAUUAUCCUCCUCAAAAGGGCUGCAUCUCACUGCCCCGGGGCCUGACAGAAAAGGCAGACCACCUGGAUCUAGUGACCCUGAUGAUUGAUUUCAAUGGGGAAAAGAAGUCAUGGGCCAUGGCCAUAUGGAUUUUUGCUGCAAUCAAUAGGAGAGAUCUUUAUGAGAAAGCUAAGAUGGAUGAGCCAGAGUGGGGUUCAGAUAAUGCACAUGCUUCUCCACCAACUGUGAUUUGGCAGGAAGAGAGCAUUGGAGAGGAGUGGACGGGUUUACUGGGAUAUCUUUCCAGAAUCUCUUUUUGUAAAAAAAAAGAUUAUUGUCAGACAUACAGAAAACAUAUAAGAAGCAGAUUCCAGUAUAUUGAAGACAGAAAUGCACGUCUUGGUGAGAGCGUGAACCUCAACAAACGGUAUACCCCACUACGUCUCGUCAAGGAGCACCCCAGCCAGAAGGAGAGGGAGCAUGAGCUUCUGGCCAUUGGCCAAACUGCAGCAAAGAUAGGGGACAGCCCUUUGAGUUCCAUCAAGAUGGAACUUCUGUUUGAUUCUAAUGACGAAAACGCAGAGCCCAUACACACGGUGGUGUUCCAGGGAGCGGCAGGCAUUGGGAAAACAAUACUGGCCAGGAAGAUUAUGUUGGACUGGGCAUUAGGGAAACUUUACAAAGACAGGUUUGACUAUUUAUUCUUCAUCCACUGUCGGGAAGUGAGCCUUAUGACACGGAGGAGUCUGGCAGACCUGAUUGUUAGCUGCUGCCCUGAUCCAAACCCUCCCAUAUCCAAGAUAGUGAGCAAGCCAUCCAAGAUCCUGUUCCUCAUGGACGGCUUUGAUGAACUACAGGGUGCCUUCGAUGAGCACACAGGAUCACUCUGUACAGACUGGCAGAAAGCAGAACGAGGAGACAUUCUCCUGAGUAGCCUCAUCAGAAAGAAGCUGCUUCCUGAGGCCUCCUUGCUCAUCACCACGCGGCCAGUAGCCCUAGAGAAACUCCAACACUUACUGGACCAUCCCCGCCACGUGGAAAUCCUGGGUUUCUCAGAGGCCAAGAGGAAGGAAUAUUUCUUUAAGUAUUUUUCAGAUGAGCACCAAGCUAGGGAAGCCUUUAGGUUAAUUCAGGAGAACGAGAUCCUUUUCACUAUGUGUUUUAUCCCCCUGGUAUGCUGGAUUGUGUGCACUGGGCUAAAGCAGCAGAUGGAGAGUGGCAAAUCCCUUGCUCAGACCUCCAAGACAACCACUGCCGUGUACAUCUUUUUCCUCUCAAGUUUAUUGCAGCCCAGAGGAGGAACCCAGGAACGCCACCUCUCUGCCAACCUCCGAGGACUCUGCUCUUUAGCUGCCGAUGGAAUCUGGAACCAAAAAAUCCUCUUUGAGGAGUAUGACCUCAGGAAUCAUGGCCUUCAGAAGGCCGAUGUGUCAGCUUUCCUAAGGAUGAACCUCUUUCAGAAGGAAGUGGACUGUGAGAAGUUCUAUAGUUUCAUUCACAUGACUUUCCAGGAGUUCUUUGCUGCCAUGUACUACCUGCUGGAAGAGGAAGAAGAGAGGGAAAAGAGGAAGAAGCCACGGAGUUGUUUGAAACUUCCCAUCCGAGAUGUGACAGCCCUUCUUGAAAAUUAUGGGAAAUUUGAAAAAGGGUAUCUAAUUUUUGUUGUUCGUUUCCUUUUUGGCCUUGUAAACCAGGAGAGAACCUCUUACUUGGAAAAAAAACUAAGUUGCAAAAUCUCACAGCAAAUCAGGCAGGAGUUACUCAAAUGGAUUGAAGCUAAAGCCAAGGCCAAGAAGCUACAGAUCCAGCCCAGUCAGCUGGAAUUGUUCUAUUGCUUGUAUGAGAUGCAGGAGGAGGACUUUGUGCAAAGAGCCAUGGACCAUUUUCCCAAAAUUGAGAUCAACCUCUCCACUAGGAUGGACCACGUAGUUACUUCUUUUUGCAUUGAGAACUGUCGUCGUGUAGAAUCACUUUCCCUGGGCUUUUUUCAUAACUUGACCAAGGAGGAAGCAGAGGAGGAGGAGGAAGGUCGACACCUUCGUGUUGUCAAUUGUGUCUCACCAUGUUCCCAUGCUGACCAUUGUUACCAUUUGGUGAACUGCUACCCCACUUCCAGCUUUUGCAGGGGCCUUUUCUCAGUCCUGGGCACUAACCCAAGCCUUACUGAAUUGGACCUCAGUGACAAUACUCUGGGAGACCCAGGAAUGAGAGUGUUGUGUGAAACACUCCAGCAUCCUCACUGUAACAUUCGGAGAUUGUGGUUAGGGCGAUGUGGUCUUUCUCAUCACUGUUGCCUGGACAUCUCCUCAGUCCUGAGCAACAACCAGAAGCUGGUGGAACUGGAUCUGAGCAACAAUGCCCUAGGAGAUGCUGGGGUCAGACAUCUGUGUGUGGGACUGAGGCAUUUAUUCUGCAAUCUGAAAAAGCUCUGGCUGGUCAGCUGCUGUCUCACAUCAGAUUGCUGUCAGGAUCUUGCCUCAGUCUUGAGCACCAACCAGUCCCUGACCAGACUCUACGUUGGGGAAAAUUCCCUGGGAGACACAGGAGUUGGAAUUUUAUGUGAAAAAGUAAAGCAUCCACAAUGUAACCUGCAGAAAUUGGGAUUGGUGAAUUCUGGCCUUACGUCAGUUUGUUGUUCAGCUCUGUCCUUGGCACUCAGCACUAACCAGAACCUCAGGCACCUUUACCUAAGGGACAAUGCUCUUGGAGAUGAAGGGAUCAAGCUACUCUGUGAGGGACUCAUGAAUCCCAACUGCAAACUUCAGAUGUUGGAAUUAGAAAAUUGCAGUCUCACUUCACAUUGCUGCUGGGAUCUAUCCACACUUCUGACCUGUAACCAAAGCCUGCGAGAGCUGAGUCUGGGCAGCAAUGACCUAGGUGAUCUGGGUGUCAUGCUUCUCUGCGAAGUGCUCAAACAGCAAAGCUGCCUUCUGAAUAACCUGCAGUUGUGUAACAUGUAUUUCAAUUAUGAGACAAAAUAUGCAUUGGAAACACUUCAAGAAGAAAAGCCUGAGUUGACAAUUGUCUUUGAGCCUUCUUGGUAG